AUGGAAUUCAAUGGCGACUACCAGCCGGAAGAUCUACAAUGGAUUGCGGAGGAUGUGGCUAUGGAUCUUCACCGGAGAUGGGAUGAGGUCCUUCAGCGGAGUCGAGAUACCGCUGAAGACGAGGAUCUACGGCGUUUUGCGAAUUCUGAAGUCGAACGUCAGCGCGCAAAAGAAGAUGAGGAGACCCGCCUUGCACUUUCCGUCAGUCAAGCAGAGUCAAAUCAAGCAGAAGAGGCAGAAUUUCAGAAGGCAAAGUUGGAGUCUCGCGUGGACGAACGUGCCCGAGCUGAACGAGCUGAGCGCGAACAGUUGGAGCAGGCCGUUUUAGAUAGCCUGGUGACAGCUACGCUUCUUGAGCAAGAGCAAAAGGAGGCUAUUGACAAGGCCAACGUUAAAAGCGAACUGACCGUGAAGCGUGAGCAGAAACGAAAGGCCGGAGAGCUUACCCGUUGCGUGGCAAAGUAUAUUAUCAACGACUUGACCGAAGAGAAGCAUAUGCGGCUUAGUAUACUGCUAAGUCAGGAAAAGGAGCUUCGAUAUAAUGACGCUGCUGUUCUUCCGGCCACUCUCACUGUAGACGGCGGCAGACCCAGUGUAAAAUCUCCGCAUCCAGCAACUGCGGGUACCUUAUCUUCGCCUCCAGUCAGGGCCGGUCCCUCUGUUCUAUCAGUGCCUUCAUCGGGUUCAUUAUUGUAUCGUACGGAAGAAGAGAACCCUGGACGGAGAGUGGAGUUACUCAAAGUAUCUCGCAGUACCCCGAGCGAUUCGCGAAUCAGCGAAAACCACUUGGUAUACCCAGGCGCAUUCCCAGCAUCGCCUUCUCAGGCAAGCUCGGCAGCACGUGGUGCGGUGGGUAGACCAAAAUCGAACUGUAGUACCCCAUUAUUACCAGGUGCAUAUGUUUCGUCUUAUGCGGGCAGUACAGCACCUCAUAGUGAGGCAGGAUCGCUUCCUGGCAUGCUAUAUGGGAAGAGGAUGAUCAUAAGAUGUCCUUUAAGCACCAGAAGAUCCAGCGAGCGACUCUCUAGCACAUAUCCACCACCAUCACAAGCGAACGACAGUCCGAAUCGAUCGGCUACAGUGUCUACUGGAGACACGUUCAUCACAACUCGAGAAUCGCUGUCGCCCCAACUCCAUGCACAACCGCAGCGUGCUCUAUCAGACUCCUGGCGAAAUGAGUACCAUGGAAGUCAACAGCGAGAAGCCCAAGAAUCUCGAUCAUCCACGUCCUUCUCGCUCUAUUCACUGCCGAGUAGAGCAUCGUCUGUUGGUCAGCCGCCCUCGUCUCAAACAUCGCGUGAGAGCGUUGCGCGUAAGCCUGUUGCAAAUUCUCGGCCUCUAGCCCCCGUUGCUACUGUACGUCGACCACCAAAAGUCGCUGCCGAUGCGGUAGUAUCGGCAGCCGUAGCUUCGUCGCAUCCACAGCAACUCUCGAUACAUUAUCAUAUCAAUGGUAAUGGUCCUGUGACUAUCAACAACUACAAAGUUCCGGAAAACACCACGUCAUCUUUGUCCCUAGCUCAGCAUGUGUCAACUAGAAAUGGCGGAAACAUUGCCAAUGGUAUGAAAGAGGGAAUAAUCGGCUUCAAAACCAUAGCAGAAGUGAAGAGUGCGGCGAAGAAUCUGGCGAGGAGUGCAACCCAAAGUGAACUGUGGUCUCGAGGGGAGGAGCGGGCAGCGAUCUUGAGGAGGAUAGGAAAGAGAUUCAAGGUCGACUCUCCAAGGAUUGAGUAUGCUACAGUCAACGAGGUUGGCGGUUUUGAACGGGCCUCUGUUCCCGAAGUCCAGAAUAACGUUGGUAGCAUCGCUCCGUUACCGCAAACACAACAAUGGUUUGUCACAAACCCUGACGCAAGUCGCUCGAAUCUGAACACGCCCGAGGCCGGAGGAUCUCCAAGUUCAGAACACCCGAUGUCGCAGACUAUUGGCGUUAUCGCACCUAGAAUGCCCUUGUUACAGCGAUCGACAGCAUCACCCUCACUAUCGACAACAACUCAGCAGACGACAAUGCGGCCUCCUCGAUGGGAUGAGUCGAUGAUCUUGGAUGUGAAUGGCGAUGCAGUGACUCCGCCUAGCGGUCGGCAGUCGGACUUGACAAAUCUUCCAAACGAUGGUAGUAUCAUUCACGAUGCUGCCGCUUCGAAUCUACUCGAUCAUGGUCUUAUGCCUCCGCCUUUGAACUUCGGUAAACGGACUAAUACCGUGCUAUGCAAGCCGCAAAACCUGGCUGGCAUGUCUUCUACAACGCCAUCGCAAUCACCGCAAAUGAGCGGUAAUCCGAUGUCUAGAUAUAUGGCUCAAGUACAAAAGCGACCAGAUGAGUGGCUACAGAGACCUGUACAAUUCUCAUUCGGAACUCAAGGAUUAGCCCCUGGUUCGUCGGACAGUAUGGCAGCGGAGGCGCCAACUCCUGGUUGA